UAGACGUCAAGCUGCUAACUGGGCUCAUACAUCACUUCCUCUCACCCCUUUCAAUCGACCAUCAUGACGAUUCACCAUAUAGUCCUAUUCACGUUCAAGCCCGAGGUGACCCCAGAACAAAGACAGAGCGUGAGGGACUGCAUCAGCGCCCUUCCAUCUCAGAUACCUGCAAUCCAAAGCCUUGUUACUGGUAAAACGGUAUUCAACCCCCUCGGACACGGCUAUGACGAAGGGGUCAUUUUUCUAUUCGAGAACGUAGCCAAGUUGAAUGAAUAUCGCCCACACAAGGCGCAUCUUGAUUAUCAGACGUUCGCGAGGCCUUUGAUUGAGGGUAUACUCAUUUUUGAUAUUGAGACAGCCGCCUAGAGGGGAAACUAGUUUGAUAGGAUGUUGUACUGCUCAUGCAGGUGGUGGCUGAAGGCCUGCGUUAUGAAUCACUUUCGGAUCCGCGACCCUUUUUCUAUGUAGAUAAGUGUUAUCACCACCUGGGCCCUGACGUGUCCAUGCACCCGGCAAGCCCCCGUAUAAUUCGUGUACUUAUUGACAGUGACAUCAACUUGUUCUGAUGGGCGGCUUGAAUCGUGAUUGUAGCUUAACAUGGCAGGCGAGUUAAUACUGCGCGUGUUACUGUCCUCUGCGAUGCAAAAGGAAC